CAGCACAAGUAGAGUUGUGUAGGGUUUGCUUUUCACCUUCUCUUUUUCGUGGUUGUUGUUCGGCUUUGUUGCUUCGCAGGAUGUAGAGAUUUUUUUUCCGCCGUGAGAUUUACGGGGCGAUCGAAUCCCGUUUGGCAGUAUUUAGCAUAAAAAUCCUGCUCAAAUCCUGUUGCCAAACAGCCCCUUAGAGUCACGACCCAUCCUUAGCAGCAGAAGCGGCGAGCAAUCCCUCACCCUCCCCGCGAGCGAUCCCUCACGCCGUUCGAAGCCGCGAGCGAUUCCGGACGCUCGAUUCCUUCCCACGGGAUUCUGUUCCCUUCACGACCGAUUCUGCCGCACGGGAUUCUGCCCCCUUCAAGCCCGAUUUCGUCGGGUAUUCCUUUGUCCUUCCUUUCGCCGCCCCUUGUUUGUCCAGAAAGACUGUCAUCUAUUGAAGAAAUGCAAGAGCCUCGAAUAAUGCCUCAGGAGGAAGUCCCUCGUCCAAAGUCUACCAAGAAGAAAGUUUUAACCCAGUCUGCUCCAUCUCUUUCUAAGAAGGGCGGGGUUGAUAAAGGUAAAGCUGGUUUUGCAGGUUCUCUACAGUCAAAGAAGACCUCAAAACGAGGCCUCAAAGCUGAUGCAUCCCAACCACCGUUACAACACACAGACGGCUCUACAUCAGAAUCUUUGCCUGAUUCCUCAUCCUUGGGUGGCGACUACCGAGGACUAAGACACAAAUAUCUUGUAUUAGAGGAAGAAAGCCUCUCAUUGGAUAGAACGCUGAGUAUGGUUGAAGCUGAUAUCAAGGCUCUAGAAAAUGAUAAGCUUGGGCUUCUGGAUCAACUUGUUGUCUUGGAAGGUCUCAUCGAUCCAGCAGAGCUCAAAUCCAAGUAAACUUGUAAGUAAAACUGUUUUUAGCUCCAUCUGUGAUGUGUUAUACUCUGAAUCAUAACAACGUUUUGCUGAUAUAAUUACUGACAAUGCUGAAAGAAAAAUAGUUUAUUGUAUGUUCUGCUUGUUAACACUUUGAUUAAUAUAUUGCUAAUACUGUUAUAGUUCAUGCAAUUAUUGUAUGCCAUUGUUUCCCAUUGUGAGAAACUUCUGUUUCAUUUCUUUAAAGAGCACAUAUUGCAUUAAUGUAACAGAAUUUGGCAUUUAUGAUUUCAA